UUUUAUUUUUAGAGCUUAUAUUAUUUCACCGUGUAUAAAAGAGCUCCCUACCCCUGAUAUUAACACUUUAUGGUUUAUUUCACCGUGUAUAAAAGAGCUCCCUACCCCUGAUAUUAACACUUGGAUUAAAAAAUUAGAGAGAGUUUAACGGAAAAAAAACCAAACAUGGGGUAUGACACAGAUGUAUUAAAUAUAAUCAGCAUGAACGCCUCGGGCCGUAAAGGAAGAAUGUACAAUGACUACAGCAAAGAUAAAUUACGCAACCUGGUUGAAAACGAGAGGCCCGAUAUAAUGUUUCUCCCUGGAGACAAUCCUGGGGACACAUUCACUCAGACCAGCUACCAGCAGCUACUGGACCCGACUAACAACGAAACAGUCCUUCUGUACGACUCCACACGCCUGAGGAUCCGCCAACAACCAACAGGACCAGAUAUCAAAAUACCAAACUGUGAUUUUGACAAAGUCCUCUCACCUAUGGUCGAUGUUUGUUCACCAGCGCCUGCAUCCCAAAUCGUUAAACAGUUUAUCUGCGUGUCUUGGCAUUGGGAAUUGACAAUGGAAGAAAGAGGUUCACAGGUCAUCUAUGAAAACGGAAAGCAGUUCAUGAUGUAUGCACAAUUCCUAGCUUGGUUUACUGGAACUGAGGUUUUAAUUGGAGGGGACUUUAAUUUACCGAUGGAUACGAUUAUGGGGCUGAUAACAGAGCACAAUAAAAUGGUUGAAGCAGGGAUUGAUAGCAUCAAGCCAUUGUUUCAGCAACUUGGUUACAUGGAUUGCAUGACCGAAAACAUACACAGACCGGUACGAAGACUUCGACAGCUCAAAGUACACACUUGCAAGUGUCAGGAGAAAAUCAGCGACUGCAACUUCUUCGUGGCCUCAAAAGAGAUGCAACUGAGGGAAACCAAAUAUGCCAAAUUGGAAAGCUUGACCUAUCGAUCUGCGGGUCUCCAAUUAAAAACGAGCACGAGCACUCCGACUUACCGCCCGGAGCCCACCUACACCAAAACAGAAAUGUAUAUUCCACCCAGACCACCAAAAAAUCAUGGGGGUUAAGUGCGAAGCAAAAAAGAACGAAAACUAUAAGUCUUGUAAAUAUUUUUAUGUAACAGGCUUAUACGCACCAAUUCAGUGUUUAAAGUUGUUAUAUAAUCAGAGCAGUUUCGUAUAGCAUAUAAGAACAAUUAAGUUAACAUCCGUGAGAUUAUCAUUAGUAUUUUUAGAAAGGAUAUGAGCUUCAUUAUAAAACUAUUGUUAAAUGUUUUUAUCUUCUUGAAAUGUUUCUCAGUUUCAGUUUUCAUCACUUUCAUUGUUUCGGAUUGUAAAAUAAUUAUUUUUAAACAAUGUUUCAUGUUUGUCAUGAUAAUUUCUAAUAAAAAGUAUGAAUUUUU